GUGAGUUGGCAGGUGCGGCGCUGCCCCGCCCUCAACCGGCGGAGGCGAGGCCUGGGAACGCCCUCGGCUGCUGGGUGACUCAGGGAGCGCGCGCGGAAAACAACCUGGCCUCAGAGUGGCAACUGACAAAGGCGGGGGCGCGCUCUGCGCGUGCACAGCGGACGGAGGAGCCUCCCCGGGCCCUGCAGCCCGAGCCCAGCGGGUGCAAGUGACACCGGAGGGCAACCGGCGCGUGCGCGUUCCUCCCACCUCCACUUCCAUCUGGAUCCAUCCCCCUUCCGGUCUCUCAUUAGAAAACAAACAAGUUUCUAAGAGAACCUCUAGACAUGGCUGACUUUGGAGCAGAUGAGGCCUCUUCCAGGUCAGAGAGUCCUGAGCAGGAAGGCCGGGGCUCUGAGGACAGAUCGCUGCUCCAUCAGAGGCUGGCCAUCAGAGAGCUCAUCGACACAGAGGUCUCCUACUUGCACAUGCUCCGACUCUGUGCCUCUGACAUCAGGAGCCACCUACAGCAGCUGCCACCAGGAGAUCUGGAUGUCCUGUUCUCAAACAUGGAUGACAUCAUCCAAGUGAGCAGCAGAUUCCUCCACAGGCUGCAGGAGACAGCUGGCAAGGAAGAGGAACAAGCAUACCUGAUUGGUAACUUAUUCCUGGAAUUCCAAGAGGAGUUUGAACAAGUUUAUAAACUCUACUGUGCCAACUAUGACCAGGCCCUGCUGCUGGUCAAGGCGUACCAGAAGGAGCCAGAACUGCAGAAGGAGAUCCAGGGCGUCAUCCAAGCUGCAGUGCCGCAAGCUGGACCUUCAGGUCUCAGUUUCUUACUUGUAAUCCCUCUGCAGAGGAUUACCAAGUACCCCCUCCUGCUGCAGAGAAUGCUGGAGAACACACCUGCGGAUGCCAGCGCCCACCCUGUCCUUCAGAGAGCCACCUCUGCCCUCCAGGAUGUGAACAGCAAUAUCAAUGAGUACAAGAUGCGCAAGGAAGUGGCCUUAAAGUAUACCAAGGUGGAGCAGCUGAGCCUUCGGGAGCGCCUGGCCCGCAUCAACACACAUACCCUUUCCAAGAAGACCACCAGGCUGAGCCAGCUGCUGAAGCAGGAGGCGGGGCUGGCACCCAGGACAGAAGACAAGGAAUUUGAUGACUUAGAGGAGAGAUUCCAGUGGGUGUCUCUGUGUGUGACGGAGCUGAAGAGCAAUGUGGCUGCUUACAUGGAUAAUCUGGAGGCUUUCCUCUGCUUCCGGCCACAUGAAUGGAGUCUAGACAUCUCCGGGGGGCCUGUGGAGCAGUACCGAAGCCUAGCCAGGGACCUUCAGCUGGAGGCCUUCCUGCAGUUUAAGCAGCGGCUGAACGGCCUGGUGUGGCAACCGCUGUGCAGCCUGGCCAGGACCCUGGUUGGUCCUCAGAACUUGAUCAAGAAGCGUCUGGACAAACUCUUGGACUUCGAGCGAGUGGAGGAGAAAUUGUUGGAUGUGGGCAGUGUGACCUAUGAGGAGGAGGCUGCCCGGCACACUUACCAAGCUCUCAACUCCUUGCUGGUGGCCGAGCUCCCAAGGUUCAACCAACUAGUCAUGCAAUGGCUGCGCCAGAUCCUGUGGACAUUUGUGGUCCUCCAGAGGGACCUUGCAGACCACGUGCUACGAAGAGCAGAGAGCAGCAUGGCUCUGCUGCCUCAUCAGCACAUCUCAGAGCCGGACUUCCAGAAGCUGCUGGAGGACACACUAGGCCAGAGCAGUAGCCAGCUCCGCCUUUUCCAAGAGAACUUUGAGAAGGUGCUCCCACCUUCCACCUCUCAGCCGCUCCUCCCAGGCUCUGAACACCAGGUGCAGGCUCUCCUCACCAGAUAUGGCCCGGGGAAGCUAUACCAGGUGACAAGCAACAUCAACGGGACUGGCACUCUGGACCUGACACUGCCACGGGGCCAAAUUGUGGCCCUUCUGCAAAACAAGGACACCAAGGGCAACAACAGUCGCUGGCUGGUGGACACCGGGGGACACCGGGGGUAUGUGCCGGCUGGAAAACUUCAGUUAUACCACCACCCCGCUCCCAGUGAGAAGGAGCUCAGAGGCCAGACAGGGACACGUGAAGACUACUGGCUUCCAGCCCCAGAGCCCACCCAACCCUCUGUCCCCACCAUCCCAACCCUGACCCAGGUGGUGGCAGCGUACCCUUUUGUGGCCAGGAGCACCCACGAACUGAGCCUACAGGCAGGCCAGCCGGUGACCGUCCUAGAGGCCCAAGACAGGAAGGGGAAUCCUGAAUGGAGCCUGGUGGAAGUGAAUGGGCAGAGAGGAUAUGUACCUUCGAACUUUCUGGCCAGGACCCCAGGCCCAACUCCCUGGGGCUGGAGUCUUCCAUCUUAGCAUGCCCUUUUUGGAGCCUCCAUUCCUAAGGAAAGGGAGAGGCUUAAAGGCUGUGUGACCUGCGGGCAUGAUUCGAAUCAAAGCGGGAAUGGGAGAGGAGUGAAGGGCACCCAGAAGGCAGCAGGAAGCAGUGACUAGGCCUCACUGAAUGCCUGGUGUGGGUGGCCACAGUGGGCGCUUCUAGCAGCAUCACUCAUGUCUUCAUAAAGAAGCCAUCUCAAGGUCACAGCUGAUUAGCUAGGGCUUGCCGCAGCUUGAAGCUCGGCCUACCUCUUGCCUCUUUCAUGUCAAGGAUGAAUGUGGCCUGUGUUAGUUGUAGGUGGGGGCAUUACCGAAGAAGAUAAGAGCUGCCUGGCUCAGCAGUGCACUUUCCACUGCAUGGAGGAGAUGCCGUUGCUCACCAGUCACCUUUUCUUUCUUAUUGCUUUGAGUUGAGUUAUUGUGAACUGCGAACUGUGGAGACUCCCACUCAAGGAGAAGCCAUGGGCCCAGGUUCUGAGGAGAUUCUCUGGGAAUGGGCGUGGUCUAUGCACAGGCCUGGAAUGUGUGUACAAACUCAGGGGUGGUUCCAGGGAAGAGGGGAAUCUGAGGGCAUGUGAGGCUGGGAGCAAUGGCAUAUUCCUACUGCUAUUUUCUUUGGACUGAGACAAAGGGACUUGGCAGGCAACCACAGUGGAAGCUCUGUGAGAUAGGUGACUACUGGCCUGGUGGGUUGGGUUAGGUGAGGGAUAGCUUUGUUUCCUGGUUCUGGGUAGAAGAGCCAGGGGAACACAGGUGGCCUAGGUUCACCUAUUGAGGGUAUAGAGGCAGGAGCUAGAGCUUUCUCACCUAAGAAAAACUAAGUCUUAGGAUGCAGUAAGGAGGAUCUGAGGCUGAGGAUGCAAAGGCCCCAUGUCAAUCAGGAAGUAUGACACCAACACAAAUAUGGUGGUUAGUGGUAUCAAGAUGGCCCAGCCAUUGGCUUGAGUUGGGUUAGCAGGGUAAAGCAGUCCUGUUGCCACCCCACUUGUUCAUGCCAAUAGUGUCUUUUCCCUUAAACCCUGGCUGUGCCUCAGGGCCCAGUGGGCAUGGAUUAACAAUAGACACAUUUUGAGACAUGCCCUGUUAGGAAUUUUGUUUUGUGUAAACAUCACAAACUGUGCAAAAUAACAAGGUUAUGAUAUCACUAGGCAAUGUCAUCUCAUGACAACACACAGCCAUUGUCUGUGGCUGGCUGCUGCAUGGCACAUUACAAUCAUUACAAUCUAGGCAGGUAAAACCCUAAUGCCUAGUGCUUGGUGAGCAAGUCAUUUCUCAAAACUGGAAACAGAAACCCCUCAAAAGCAGAUCCCAACCCACUGGGCAGUGUUGGGUGUAGUCACUACUGGGCAGUGUCUCUAGGUGGUUGCUUUAGGUCAAGAGUAAUUGGAAGAUCCCAAACCAAUGAAAGUGUCGGUCCACCAUAACCUCUGUACAACUGGCGACUUUGGAAUCAACCCUCUUUAGAGAGUGUGUAACACAGGUGGCUAUUUCAGUGCGUUCAAGACUACGUCUGUUUUAUAACUCAAGUGCCUCUUUGUUAGCUCUGGCUUCUGAAGGGCCCUUGAGAAAGACAUCCUUGUCUGUGUCAGACUGUCUGUAAUGCCUCCUCUGGGCUUGUCAUUGCACGAAGACUGUGUGAUGCAAGAGCAAGAGUCCCCGGUCCCUUUCCCAACCCCAGGUUCACUCAAAAGAUGUCCUCAGCUUACUUUCAUUUCUGUUUCCUUCUCAGGCUUCUGAUAAAAAUGGGAAGCAGAGACAAACAGUUGACAAAGCAGGAUCCAUACCUGCAGCCUCCAUAGAUUGUUACUGACAGCUCUUUGUGUGGUGAGGCUCUAGCUAGGGGUUCUUAGCAUGGCUGCUCUCUGCUGCAUUUACCUGGGUACCUCUAAACUGUAGAAAACCAGAGAAAGCUGAUGUCAUUGAUCUGGGCAUGGGAAUGGCCUUGGACUUCAGGAAGCUAACCAGGUGACUCUCACAUGCAGCCAUGUUGAGGACCUCUGCCCUAGACCUGCAGAGGUAAACAGCUAGACCUGGGGUCAGAGGUGGAAAAGGAUAAGUUAGAUUGCACCCCCCACUGAGCUUUGCACUAGCUGUCUAAGCAGGAGGCUUUAGAGGCAGCUUGAAAUAGGACAGCCUGUUCUGUCAGGUCCCAGAAUCUAUAUUUAUUAAGUGCCAUUAAAGGGGACCUGAACAAAAUUGGAUGUUCUUGUAGGCAUAAGGGAGAAAAAUGAAAUACACUUAGAACCAAGGCUAUCGCAUGAAGGGGAAAUAAAAAUGUAUUCAGUACAUGUGGGUUAUAGUUUCUCAGACCAGGGGGUGAGAUUAAAAGUCACUGGAGAGUGAGAGAAGGCAUACUGAGAAGAUGGAGCGUGGCCUGGAUUUUCUCCAAGGGACUCUGUGUAAUGUGCCUUUUUACCCCCAAUGCCUAGAGCCAUUGCACUGUGUCUUAUUUAUUUCACUCUUGGGCUGUCACGUGCAUACUCACAAAGAUAGUUGCCUAAGAAUGGAACAAAACUCCCAGGAGUUGAAGGAUUCACAUGGUAUCCCUUGCUCCUCGAAGUGAAGUCGGAACUCUUUAACCCUUUGAGUGCCAACUUAGUUUAGGAUACAAAGAGACAAUUGUAUUAUCCAAGGGAAGUUGAAUGAAUUCUGGAAUAAUGUGGUGAGCAUGAUGUAAGCUGCUGGCAAUAAAGGACUUUGUAUGACUCCA